AUGUCGGCGCCGCGCUCGUCGGCGCCGCCCAUGGCUCCUCGCCAGCACGCUGCGCCGCAGCAGACGCACGCCGCGCCCCAGGCGCAAGCGCAGCAGGCCCCCGGCCUCUUUGGCCAGAUGGCCUCGACCGCCGCUGGUGUGGCUGUCGGCUCGACUGUGGGCCACGGUAUCAGCAACAUGCUCUUUGGUGGCCACCACGAGGCUGCGCCCGCCGCCGAGGCGCCGCCUGCGCAGGCGUACGACAACGGCGCCUUCUCGCAGCAGCAGCACACCGGCAUUAACUGCGAUGCGCAGAGCAAGGACUUCUUGCAGUGCCUGGAGAAGACCAACGACAUGAACGCCUGCUCGUACUACCUCGAGCAGCUCAAGGCGUGCCAGGCCGCUGCUCGUCCCUACUAA